AUGUCUUUACAUAAUAAUAUCUACAGUAAUAAGUCAUCACAAUUAAAUAAUUCAUCACAGUGUAACAAUAGUCAUUCUGUUGGAUUGAGUCAAUACAAACCGUGUCUAAAUAAGAUUACAAACUACGACUUUCGUAAUCGUUUUCCUCAAAGUCAAUCAAAAGAAGUUUUGAAACAAUAUUCUGGUGAAUUUGAAAGUUUGGGCGAUGAAACACGGUAA